CCGCGGCUCUCCUCUCAGCCACUUCUGUGUGUGUGUGUGUGUGUCUGUGUCGUAGCGCAGCUUGCUAAGUGUGUCUUGGCUACCACAGUCACUUCGCGGCAAGUGUGUCUAAUACACCCACUGCGUGAAGCAAGCAAUGAUGCAGAGCGGUUUGUUACUCUUGCUGUUGACGGCUGUGGCUGGGUCUGCCACCGCCUGCAAGUACUGGUGCAAGAUUCCGGACUCCAGCUCCUAUGAGUGUUGUGAUGAGGGGAACCACACGCAUGAAGAAAAAAAUGGCGAAAAUGAAGCAGCAGCAGCAGCACUUACAAGUGAUGGUUCCCCCAGUAACUGUUAUUACUACUGUGUCUACCACGGUGAUGUCUACUGCUGUGCCGACAGUUCGAUGCCAAUUCCGACGAGCCACGACUCGCAUGAGGGUCGUUGCCCUGAGGAGGAAGAUCAGGUGUGCAAGAGCAAUGGCAUCUUCCUCGUCACUAAGAAGGCGAAGGUAGCCAAGACUUCUGGAUCAGUGCAGCUUGUGUCUGGCGAGCCCAAACGGCUCCCCAGCUGUGCUUCUGACGGGUACUGCGCCCAAGACCAAAAAUGUUGCCCCAGCAAGUGCGUCCGCAAGCACAUCUGUAUGGCCAGCCUCAGGAAAGGAGUGGACCGCCCGAAUGAGGAUUAGUAAUGAGACCAACAACGUGAGAGAGAGAGACACACCCAGGAAGGCAACAACGAGUGCUGAAGUCAUCAAAAUGAAACCAUAAGUAAACUUUAAGCCACAGACACCCGACACUGGCUCCCCCAUGCCUCCGGAGCCACAGACACACCCGACACUGUCUCCCCCUGCCUCCGGAGCCACAGACACACCCGACACUGGCUCUCCCUGCCCCCGGAGCCACAGACACACCCGACACUGGCUCUCCCUGCCCCCGGAGCCACAGACACACCCGACACUGACUCCCCCUGCCUCCGGAGCCACAGACACACCCGACACUGGCUCCCCCUGCCUCCGGAGCCACAGACACACCCGACACUGUCUCCCCCUGCCUCCGGAGCCACAGACACACCCGACACUGUCUCCCCCUGCCUCCGGAGCCACAGACACACCCGACACUGACUCCCCCUGCCUCCGGAGCCACAGACACACCCGACACUGGCUCCCCCUGCCUCCGGAGCCACAGACACACCCGACACUGGCUCCCCUGCCUCCGGAGCCACAGACACACCCGACACUGGCUCCUCCUGCCUCCGGAAGCAAGAGAACAGGAGAAGUCGGCUUCAGGCGAACACUUCCUGUGGUGAGUGGAUGGAGAGGUGACCAGACCUGUUGUGCAUCAGUCCAUGUUGAGAGCUUCCUCUGGUGCAAUUAAUGAUCCGGGUUUGCUAGCAUGAGCCCGCAUCUAUUUCUGGAACUCUUAACAUUAUAUAUAUAUAUAUAUAU